GCAUCAAAAUGUUGUAAGAAGAGUUCCGAUACUAUCAACGAACAAGCUGAACAGAGUUCCGAUACUAUCAAUGUACAAGCUAAACAGAGUGCCUAUACUAUCAACGUACAAGUUGAACAGAGUGCCGCUACUGUCAACGAACAAGCUAAACAGAGUUCCGAUACUAUCAACGUAAAAGCUGAACAGAGUGCCUAUACUAUCAACGUACAAAUAAAGCAGAGUUCCGCUACUGGCAACGAACAAACUGGACAGAGUUCCGCUACUGGCAACGAACAAGCUGGAGAGAGUUCCGCUACUGGCAACGAACAAGCUGGAGAGAGUUCCGCUACUGGCAACGAACAAGCUGGAGAGAGUUCCGCUACUGGCAACGAACAAGCUGGAGAGAGUUCCGCUACUGGCAACGAACAAGCUGGAGAGAGUGCCCAUUCUAUUAAAGUACAAGUUGAAAGGAGUUCCGAUGCUGUAAACGUAAAAGUUGAACAGGAUUCAAGUUGUUGUUGUUCAUCGUGUUGGUGCGAGAUUUUGAUUGCCUUCCUGGAGAUAAUUUUUCUUUAUGGACCCUGCAUCUAUUUAAUAGUAUUUGACUGGGAAAGAAAUCGUAUCCGGUCUAUUGUGUUGAUUUUCAUAAUAAUUAUGUUUUGUAUUUUGGUACUGGUUAACCAAUGCAUUAUUCUAAAAGGCUUUGUUCCACCUACGACUCAUUGUCAAAUUUUACGUACUGCUUUCAAAGAUUUGAAAAAAAUUAUUGAUUCGUCUAAUUGUAAUUGUAGUGAAUUCCUUUAUUUUUUUGCGAUUUUAUUUCUUUUAACAUUUCUUUUUUUUUCUAUUGUAGUAUGGAUUAAGUUCUUGUUUGACUUGAUUACCUAUUUUUUUUUUGAAUUUGAGAAAAUGAACCUAACUCUGUUAAUUGGUUUUGUGACUUUGAUAUACAUCUAUGACUGUCUUAAUAAAAUGAAUCUAGAGCUGAAAUACUGUUUAGAAGAUUUUGAAAGUCAACUGGACAAGUUAAUUAACAAAUCAAGGACAUUUAAUGUUUCAGAUCAAUUACCAAACCGCAUUAAAGAUAUGCUCUUAAUGCAAGUGUCAUACAACAAGAAGAUCAGAAGGAAACAGAAGACAGAGCCUUUCAAACAGUUGGUUUAUUUUUUUGAUAGCCAUGGGAACAUCUAUUUCUCCAAACAAUUAUUUUAUAAAUGCUGUUCAUCCUAUUAUGGCAAAGCGGGUCACGAUGGGAAGAUGUGCAGUAUUCUGUGCUUACAUAUUCUAAGGUGUAUUGCCCUUGUGUUGUAUCUGGGGAUGAUAGUUUCUGUCGUCUGGUACUUCGACAAGCUAUACGACUUGAGCAAUUUAACAACAUUUCUAACAACGUUUGCUGGUGGCUUGUUGCCGAAACUAGUCUCUCCUUUGCUCACUUUGAUUUCUACAAAGAGCGAAGUGAAGCUUCGAGAGGAAAACAAAAGGUUUAUUAGAAUUGUUUAUAAGACAAUUAAAGAUUUCAAGGAAGAUUUUCAAAAAGAUUCAGAACAGGGUCCCAGUACUAGCAAUACUCCUGGUCAAGAGGAUCCCAGUCUUAACAUUACCCCUGGUCAAGAGGGUCCCAGUACUAGCAGUACCCCUGGUCAAGAGGCCGGCAGUUCUGCUGGUCAACAGCUGCCCCCUACAUCACUUGGACAAGCUGCACAAGCACCAGAAGGACUGGUUGAAACAGACACCGAUAUCAGUAUGGAUAGCAACGUUUCAGAACAUACACAGCUAAUCCCACUUGAAAUCAAAGAUAAACGCAAGACCAAAUUGUACACUACAGGUGAAACAAAUGUCUAAAAGCUUUGAUCCAUAGUUGGAAAGUACAGGUUUUUAAAGUAACAGCAGUGUUCAGUCUCAUUGAAUUUUACCUAUGUUUCCGUCUGCUGUACAUCAGCUUCUUCACUUAAUUUUUACAUGAAUGAAUUGAAUAUUUUUUAAACUUUAUUCAUCACUAGCUGACAUGUCGUGCGUCGCUGUGUUCUUCAUAAUUUUCAUUGUGAUCGGAUGAAUGGUGUAAUAAAGUUUAAAAAUACACCAUUGGUAACAUACUAACAAUUAAAUGCCAUUGUUAUCAUAACCAGUGCUCCCGGAUUACGUCUAUUAUAAAAACACAGCCGCCCGCAUCUGAUCAGCUAUAUAUAUAUAUAAACAUGCUAAGUCACUUCUUACUGAUUUUGAGGAUAUCGACUUAAAAAUGUUUUUCGUAAACUAACCUUUUGAUAUUUUAUAUUUUACUGUUAAGAAUAGUAUUUAAUGUUAUAGCUUUUUCAACAAAAUUUAGUAUACAGCUUUAAUUGAGAAGGCUAUAAGAAUAACUCAUUUUCUUCAAAAAGGUGGACUUAGCAGGUUUUGCAAAAGUACUCCUAAUA